AUGAGUGAUGAGCCCCCUGAUGGAAUACACCAUCCUUCCGAUCUGUAUACAACUGAUAAUGAAUCCUGUGAACGCAGUGCAGAUAGUGAGAAUGAGUGUGGAAGGGAUGGACAGAAUAAACGCGACAUGACCAAAGCUGAGAAAGUCCGUAAAAAGGUUAAAAAACUGAAAUCCAAACAUUCCAACAAACGGCUACCAUCAGGUAUUAUGUUUGAUCUAAAAUCUGGUUUCAUCAAGAAGGAUUCUGAAAUUCCAGAACCCAUAUUCUCCUUAGACCUUGAAUAUCGCUUAAAACUCUACGACAAUUUAAAUAGAUAA